GAUGUCGAAUACGCUGACACUAUGCCGUAUCGUGCGUGAGUUCAGGGGAUCCGUGUGUUGUCGAUGUCAAACUUUGCUUUCAAUAGUGUUUGCGCGUCAGAUAUUGAAAAUUGUAAACAAAUAUUAUUUGUGUUACUAGGAACUAUCAGAGAAAGAGCAGUGAACUACCGGUUAGAUAAUAAUGGUCACAAUUGAGCAAAUUAGACUUAUGAACCUAUGACUCUGUUAACCCAGUUGUGAAUCAAAGUGUUUACACCUAACAAAAUAUUGAGUGAACUAACUAUGAUGACCUUGACACUCACUUGAAUUCCGAUAACGCAAUCAUUGUUAGGCAUGCACCAUCGGAGCCUGCGCAUAGGCGGCGUGGGAACCCUUGACGCUGGAGGGCUCCGCACUAGACCAUAUGAUGGCAAGAUUGCUGGGCUCUACGAUCUCGAAGAGACUCUUGGUAGUGGCCAUUUCGCCGUCGUCAAGUUGGCUCGACAUGUCUUCACCGGAGAGAAGGUUGCUGUCAAGGUUAUAGAUAAGAGUAAAUUGGACGAAAUUUCCAAGGCCCACUUGUUUCAAGAGGUGCGCUGUAUGAAAUUGGUCCAACAUCCCAAUGUAGUACGCCUGUACGAAGUAAUCGACACCGCCACGAAGCUCUACCUGAUACUUGAGCUUGGUGAUGGUGGCGACCUCUACGACUACAUAAUGCGUCACGACACGGGCCUCUCUGAGCAACUGGCCAAAGAGUACUUUAGGCAGAUUGUCAGAGCAAUAUCCUACUGCCAUCAGCUCCAUGUGGUGCACAGAGAUCUGAAACCUGAGAAUGUAGUCUUCUUCGAAAAACUGGGCGUGGUGAAAUUGACCGAUUUCGGUUUCAGCAACAAGUUUUGUCCAGGACAAAAGUUGGAGACCUCCUGCGGUAGUUUGGCGUAUUCGGCUCCUGAAAUAUUGCUGGGAGAUUCGUAUGAUGCACCAGCAGUUGAUAUUUGGUCGUUGGGUGUCAUUUUAUACAUGCUUGUGUGUGGCCAGGCUCCUUUUCAAGAAGCCAACGACUCGGAAACCUUAACCAUGAUCAUGGAUUGUAAAUACAGUGUUCCCCCUCAUGUUUCCCCGGAAUGCAAAGAUUUGAUAUCCCGGAUGUUGGUUCGAAAUCCCGAAAAGAGGGCGACGUUAACUCAAAUCUCUACACACCCUUGGCUGGAGGUGGGGAAAGAAGACAAUCCUCCACUUGACGUGCUCCCACUUGUUUCCCGGGAACAGUUAUCUGAGGAAGAUCACAAUUUCAUCGUCCAAAAAAUAGUCAAUGGAAAUAUUGCAACAAAAGAGGAAAUACAUGACUGUCUGGACAAGAACGAGUACAAUCAUAUAACAGCUACUUAUUACCUGUUAGCUGAACGUAAAUUGAAGGCUAAUAGACAUGAACAUACGAACAAAAUUCCCAGACCAGAGAAUUUGGCUGUUCAACCCAUUGUUCCAACUAAGAAGCAUAAUAAUGGAACAAAUCCUGCCCCUUUUCUGUUAUCCGUCCCCAGAACCCCCGGAGAUUUACCACAGCGAUCUCGAAAAUGCAGUAUUGUUCAGGAAGAUGAAGAGGAGGAAGACAUUUCAACAUGCUCUGCACAUGAGGAAUUAAAUGUUCCCCUGAACCGUAGAGGAUCAAAAUCGGAGGGUAGAUUGAAUUUAGCACUACAAGAAAGAUUGGCUGAGACUGAAAGAAGAAGAAAACCAGCCGAUAUUUCGGAAAAACCAGAACUCAAAAACUCUAGCGUCAAGACCGAACCAAAAACAUCUGCGAAUUCGCAUAUGAAUUGGCGGUUGAAUAAAAAUAAUUCUGUAGAUUCGCCAGUUCAGUCGAAAAUUAUAAAGAAUCUCAACAAAAAUAUAUCAACUAAUUUACCCCCAACAACUAUCAUUACUGAAUCUUCCACAAUAUCGAUUCCAAUUAUCACAACUACUCCCGUGAGCUGUUCCAAGAUGCCAAAGUAUAAAACUAUGCCUUCUCCAACAAGGACGUCGCCAUUAGGCUCAAAUUCCAGUACUCUCAAUGAAAUAUUUGAAGAAGGGGAAACCCAAAACAUUGGAAAGCCUUCAAGGCAAUUCGUCAAAAACAGAACUCCUUAUGAACAACGAAAGUCGAAAUUUCAUAAAGCGAGAACAGCUUCCUGUAGUUCAUCAGAUGCGAGCGAUGAUGAUAGCGAAAAGAGGAAAAAGAGAGCUCAUAAACUGGGAACUUCUGCUAAGCCAUUUCAAGGGAGGAGAGAUAGUUAUGAUGAUAGCAGUGAUUCUCAAGAGCCAGGACCUGGUAAUGGCACAUCUAACUCAAAUGCAAAUAAUCUAAGCAAUACUCUCGUGGUAGACCAGAACAGAACUAACAACACUCAAGAAACUAAGGAAGAAAAUAGUAAUAGUGGGGGAAACACAGGUGGUAGGCAGCAUAUGAGCAAUUGCAGUGUUUUGAUCAGCAAAAAGCACAAAUCAAGUCGUAGAAGAAAUGGCGAAACUCGUUUGAGGGAAAGUCAGUCUCUGAAUAGAAUAACAGAGGUUCAAGAAGAUAUAACGCAUGCUUUAGUUAUUUCGACAGCUAUGGUAGGAACUCAGGGUGUUGUUUCUGCUAAAACUAGUAAGGGAAUUGGGGCGAAAUUAUUACAAGCUAUGAACAACAGAAGAAGCACUGAUGAGAAGAAUGAAAAGUUCACAUCCAACUCUAGAGAUAGUAAAAGUAUUCAUCAUAUAUCUCGGAAAGAUAACGUUAAGAGUUUAGCGUUUGACAAUGCCGAAACCGAUAAAUCAGAUUCAAGUAAUAAAGUGGUACCUUCAAACAGGUCAGCAGUAAAAAAAAUGCGUCUCAUUGGAAAAUAUUUCCAGGUGCAUAAAAGAUUGUGUAUACCGAUACAGGGUCUUUUCACAAAGAAUCGGUUGUAUAAAGCUCAAAGUUGUAGCUCGUUAGCUCGUGAUAAAAUUAAUCCGGAUAUUGUGAAUCGUCGCCAAAGAGCAGUGAGUGUGAUCAGGAACAAUGAAGGUGACAUCAAUCAAAAUGAGAAUGAUCAAAUAGAGAAAAAGUCUCCAGUGAUUCAAUUGAAUAGUGUAUGCAACGAACUUACUGGAAUUUGUGCCAUACAUUUGGGACAAGCAUCAAAGUGUUGUAGUUUUUGUUAGCAGACCUUGAAAGUUCGUGAUAAUUAAGCCAAAGUUUGAUGUUUUAGUCAAAUUGAUAAAUUUCGUUCUGGAGCUUUGAGCUCAGAUAGGUUAUGUCCAAAAGGUGAACUCUUCAUCAAGUGAAGUGAGUAUAGGGGGAGGAAAAAUAAGUCAAAUUAGAAGGAAGGACGUAUUAUUUAUUCAAGAGAAACAUAAGAAACGAGAUAUUCAAAACAUUGAUCAUCUGCGUUUAUUGCCUAUUUAUGGUGGUACGAAUGUUCCACCAAGUUAUUGACAUCUUUGAAACACGACAAUUUUCUUCAACUGCCUAACCAAAAGCUUUUGGUUAUUACAGGAAUUAGUCGUACUUAAAAAAAAAGCAUACUACUUUGGCCAAUAGUUGUUGAAAAUAUUUCAUCAAGGAAGAAUCAAUUCACAAAACAGAGAUCAUUCAAUAAGCAACUGAUUAGUCACAUUUAUUCAAGCGAAGGUAUAUCAAAUCUUACAUUUUAUUCUGAGAGAAUAAUGUACCAAAGCUUGACAAAAAUCGAGUUUGAUUAUCUGAUCAGCUUUUGAUUUCACAUUAUUCAAAUAAAGCGAUACAAGGUUCAGCCUGGAUUAAAUAAAUAAAUUAAAUGAUGCUCUUUAUUUAUAAAAAUAAAUAUAAUAUAAAUAAAGAGCAUCAAUUAAAAAGUACCAUUUUAAGUUAAAUUCAAGAAAGAUAUGUUAAAAAAACCCUUCUACUACAUCUUUGUUUCCCAGGCGCAUCUCACUCUGCUUUGUGUUUGAAUAUAAAAUAUUCAUUAUGCACAAAAUAAUAUGUUUAUGGAAAAUUUCGACGUGCAAUUUUUUUUUAAUAUGUUGGCUGAUGUACCUCAAGUAAUACUUUAAUCACAGUAUUCUCCGCAGAAAUGCCAGCAUUAAGAUAUAAUUUGUUAUUAUUUAUCAAGGAAAAAUCUACUUGUAUUACCUUAUUUCUUAUUAUUGAAAAGUAGCUUCGAUCAUAAAAUGGAUAUAAAAACUUGGGUAAUUAUUAUUUCUUCGUUCUCAACAUCAAUGUAACUAUCGAUCACAAAAUUUCGCAAUUAUGACGAAUUCAUGCUAACCUGAUUACUUACUGUGUUUCCAUUAUAAUGAUUCUUUUUUUAUAUUUCGUCAUUUUAUCCGCCAACAUGCUCUACAUGUACAAAAUUGCUUUUUGAUUUAAACAUUUCGCCUUUUCGUCAAAGUUUCAACUUGAGUAUCACCUGAUAAAUUAUCAAACGAAAUAAUGAACUUAAUCCUAGAAAACAAUCCUUUGUCGAUAAAAUACGAAAUUUCACGGCUAAAGAGUCAAUCCAAAACAAAUUUAUCCUUCAUUUGAUGAAGAAGGUAACACCCUAACAAAAUAAAUCUAACCAAAGCUUUAAAUAUUUAUUUAUAUAUUUUUAUUACUGCUGUUGUAUUCAAUUAUAUUAACUUCAACUAUGUAUUCCAGGAACCUACAAAGGAAAAUUGUUUUCUGUUUAUUUGGUUUAGAAUUAGUAGGUAAGUGAAUAACGCGACAGUCUUUAACUGAAAUCAAUUUUUUUUUUUUGUGAGUUAUGAAGUGUUUCAUCUGCUGGUCAGAAAAACUAACUUAUACUUGGUUCAUUUGAAAAAUCAGUUAUAGAGAAAACAAUGAAUUAAGCAACAAAAAUUUCAAUCAAGAUGUUCUUUGGUUAAACGAUAUAUUAUGUCCGUAAAUUAUAGAAUUGUGUUAUGCGAAUCCUACCAUAAUUAUUCUCAUUUUUAUCAUCAUUUUCGAAAGACUGAAUAAUAAAAAAUAUAUCAAAGCUUGUGUACAAAGUAACAUAAUAUUAGUUAUCCAAUAGUGAAACAAUGUUAACUGUAUAUCUCUGAACCCUAAAUAGAAGUUGUCAUACUCAGAAGUCAAUUGGUUCUUUUUCAACCAAUUAUUUCACUAUGCGUAUGUAAAUUCAUUUAUUUUUCCAUGAAUAAUCUAUAUUUGGUCCUUAAACGUUGAUGAAUUUAUCAGUAGUUAAGUGAAUAAACGAUUAGAAAAGUUCAUUUGUCUAGAGAAAAGUAGGUAGUUGUAGAAUUAAACAAGGUGCUAAUAAGUUUCAGUUGACUUUCUUCAAAUAGUAAUGUUAUUUCCUAAUUUUUCUGUCUACUUUUGUAUUCAAUGAUCUGAGAUCUAUAACAACUCCUUUCCGAAUAUCCUUGUAAAGUAACUCCUCUUUGUUACUUCGUUGUAUGUGCUAUGCACAAUGUUUCUAUUUAGGUAUUUGUGAGACAGCUGUUACUUAAUUUAAGCCGUACUGAAUCUAAUUUUUGUUGUGCCUUUUACUUUCAUAGAUUAAUGUCAAGCUGGUCUUGUCGAUAUUAAUGGAUCUAAAUGUAUGCAUCUAUGCACCACAAUAAACUGUUUAACAUU